AUGCCUCACAACCUUAAAGUAAACUGCGGCGGAGCCAGAAUCUCCGUGAACUCGACCUGUGAUCAGGUCGAUUUGCGAGUACAAGCCUCCACGGCAGACCAUCAAGGACGACGAAUGGAAGAUUUUAGUCUAGAAAUAGGCAGUCCUAGGCCCAACGAGCCAGCGCGUGUUUCCGGGUCGAGGUACCUUCAGCCUGGCGAAUAUUUACCCAUGGCCAGCGAAGACGGGUACAAGAGAGAGACCAGAGGUGGUCGCAUGCGAGGGAUACAACAACAGCCACCGCCGUUUGAUGGGUAUGGAGUUGAUCGGCAUGAGGCUGCAGACCGUGGGUCUUAUGAUCGGUCUCGUCAAUCGCCUCCCGAGACGACGAGGGCGGCGGCUUCUGCGCGUGCUACGUCCAGCUCUCAUCGGUCGGAGGCUUCUGAUGAUUCUUAUUAUCGGCCUGAGAGAGUAUCUACUAGCAGAUCUGGCACUGGCGCUGGAUAUGAAUAUGUAAUUCCUGCGCAUGAACCUACCCAUGAUAUGGGGGGUGAGUGGGUGCAGUAUGGCCCCGGAUAUAACAGCACUCGUGAUUUCGGAUCCGGCCGCAUAGAGAGGCCUGGAGCCUCAGAAUAUUUCCGCGGCCACCCGGUUUCUCAGCCUUCCCGUCACUCUCCGCCCAUCUCGACCACAUCUUCAACCUCCCGUCACGAAGUAUCUCGCAACUCUUACCAUUUAUCCGAUUCGAGUUCAUACUCGGUCUCGAGCUCAGAUUCCGAGGAAACUGUGGUAGCACCGGUCCUUUCUUCUUCUUCGUCGGUAGGCCAUCGCGGAAGAGAAAUGAUCCUUUACGGGACUGGCCAUCCUGGCCCACCGAGUUCUUAUUCUGAACAGUGCUCCCACCAGUCGGCGGAUGUUUGUGAAAACUACCAGGGAUCUCUGGGAUGCUCGGAGAGCACGCGCGAGAACUAUUAUGAUGAUGAUGAUGAUGGAGGAGGAGUGUAUCUGGAGCACGAUGGAAGGGCGUGGCCCGAGGCGUCCUACACGUAUUCGGGUUCUGGGGACGACAAUGAGUGGUCGAAUGGUAGGGGUUCGAGAAUUGAUUCGAGGGGUAGGCUCUAUCGUCGAUAA